AGAAGGCGGUGCAGCCAGCCAGAGCGAGCCUCGCAGAGGGUUGUGGGGCGAGUAGCUCCCCUCUAGAUGGAGACUCAUGAAGUAGGGUGGGCGGAGGACUCCAUAUCCCAGCAUGCCCCGCGGCGGGCCCUACCGGCCGCGAUUCCGGGCUUGGCCCCGGCCCUAGCUCGUCGGCGGAAUACUAGGGCGCGUGGAGGCUGUAGUCACGGUGGCGCCCGCAGGGACGGAGGAGGGAAUGAGCGAAGAGGAGCAGGGCUCCGGCACUACCACGGGCUGCGGGCUGCCCAGUAUAGAGCAAAUGCUGGCCGCCAACCCUGGCAAGACCCCGAUCAGCCUUCUUCAAGAGUAUGGGACCAGAAUAGGGAAGACGCCUGUGUACGACCUUCUCAAAGCCGAGGGCCAAGCCCACCAGCCUAAUUUCACCUUCCGAGUCACCGUUGGCGAUACCAGCUGCACUGGUCAGGGCCCCAGCAAGAAGGCAGCCAAGCACAAGGCAGCUGAGGUGGCCCUCAAACACCUCAAAGGGGGGAGCAUGCUGGAGCCGGCCCUGGAGGACAGCAGUUCUUUUUCUCCCCCAGACUCUUCACUGCCUGAAGAAGUUCCGGUUUUUGCUGCUGUGGCAGUUGCUGCUCCUGUUCCAUCCACUGUCUUAAUCAGGAGCCCCCCCAUGGAGAUGCAACCCCCUGUCUCCCCUCAGCAGUCUGAGUGCAACCCCGUUGGUGCGCUGCAGGAGCUGGUGGUGCAGAAAGGCUGGCGAUUGCCAGAGUACACGGUGACCCAGGAAUCCGGGCCAGCCCAUCGCAAAGAGUUCACCAUGACCUGCCGAGUGGAGCGUUUCAUUGAGAUUGGCAGUGGCACUUCUAAAAAGCUGGCCAAGCGUAACGCAGCAGCUAAAAUGCUGCUUCGGGUGCACACAGUACCUCUGGAUGCCAGGGACGGCAAUGAAGCGGAGCCUGACGAUGAUCACUUCUCCAUUGGUGUGGGAUCCCGCCUGGAUGGACUUCGGAACCGGGGCCCUGGCUGCACGUGGGAUUCUCUGCGGAAUUCUGUGGGAGAGAAGAUCCUGUCCCUUCGCAGUUGCUCUCUGGGCUCCCUAGGUGCUUUGGGCUCUGCCUGCUGCAGCGUCCUCAGUGAGCUCUCUGAGGAGCAGGCCUUCCAUGUCAGCUACCUGGAUAUUGAGGAACUGAGCCUGAGUGGGCUCUGCCAGUGCCUAGUGGAACUGUCCACCCAGCCAGCCACUGUAUGUCAUGGCUCUGCAACCACCAGGGAGGCAGCCCGAGGUGAGGCUGCUCGCCGUGCCCUGCAGUACCUCAAGAUCAUGGCAGGCAGCAAGUAGAGCCUCAGAUGGACUUGUGGAUGUGUACCCUUUGCUCCUUGCUUUUUCUGCCUUUGGGCCCAUGUAUCUGCUCAGCUCUGGUACCUUCUGGAGGUGCCAUCUCUACCUCUGACACAAGACUGCCUGCCUUGAGCUGAAGAAGGCACAGGGCAAGGAGCCAGGGACCACAGGGCCUUAGGCAGCCCAGAGUACGUCUACCUAUGGGUGAUGAUAAGUGGGAAGGGGGCUCUACUAGAGUCCAGAAUAAACAUGCUGCUCCUAGGUUUCUUAAACCCUGCUCUUUCUGUGGCCCUGAGUAAUGUGGAUGGCAGAAGACAGUACCGCAUUCCUUCUGCUGCCUGUCCCACGGUCUCAUGGUCUUGCUGGAAGUAGGUAGUGGUGUAGUGACCUAGGGAGCCUUGUCAGCUGCAUGGCUGGAGUUCGGUGUGGUGGAGGUAGAGGGUUAGUGGUUCUUGCCCCAGGCUCUCUCCCAGCCCUCUAAAGUCUCAUCCAGACAUACAUGGAUUCAGAAGCCAGACCACUUUAUUUGGGGGGGACACAUGGCACUGUGGGCCUUGCAUGCAAAUACAUCAAGGGAUGACACUUAUUUUUUCCCAAAGCGCUGAGGGGCAGCCAGGCUCCAGAACUCUCCAGCCCGGGGAUUCAGUUGCUUGUUGCUCCAGGGUCUCCAGAUAUUUCUGCCAAACCUUAGGAGAGAUUCAUCCUCAGAUGAAGUUCCUUCUAGUCACCCUUCUUGAGUCCCUUCCCUUUCCUCUUCCUCUGUUUAUGAACUUCCCAGACCCUGCCAUGCUCCUGUACCUUUCAGACUCACCUCUGGGGCUGAAACAGGAAGGCUGGACUCCGGCCAGUUCUCUCCAUGGCCUGGAGCAGGGAGUGCAAGAGGGAACCAGGGGUCUGGGCAUGCUGCUGUGAGCUAGGUCCAUUGUCUUCUUCCUGUAGCAAGGGGGUGGCAGGGAGGGAAGAUGGGCAAAUGCCCUGGACACUAAAGGUAUAAGGGGAAAGGUAUGGCUUUUAAGAGCAAGUUGAAGGACGCUGUUGGGAUGGGGUGCUCACUCACCACAAAGACCUGGUCUCCAUCCUGGCCUCUUGGUACUUCAGCAUGGCCCCAGUCUGUUAACAGGAGCAACACCAGCAACACUAUCACUCGCCUGGAAUCCAUGCUGCCAUCAGCCUUCCUACAGCCACACCAGCCUCUUAUACCUGCUGUACCCCUAUCCCCCACUCCCAAAAGCAGCCCAAGGGGGAAUCUAGACAGGCAAUGGAAAUGCACAGCUCCAUUAAGGGCCACCUGGGAUCCCCUCUCAUGUCUCCCCUGGGGCUCCCUGCUUUCAGCCUCCCACCCCCAGCGCCUAAGCCUGGAGUUAUAGACUUUAUUAGAUGCAUAAAUCCUGUCUCCAAAGCCCAGGAAACAUCAUUAAUUGCAGAUGUUUUGUCAGAGCCAAGCCCUAGGGGGCCUUAAGAACCCCCGAUCUCUCAACAGGUUGGAGAGCUUCAAUAGAUCACUCCUUUCCUAACUUGUAGAUUAAAGCAUAGACAAACUCCUGUCAGGAGAGCUGAAUGUUCUAUCCUGAGUGGGAGGGAGAGUAGGAAGGACCCAGAUCAGAGGUGGCCAGGGUGAUAACAGCCUGGUUGCUCCCCUGCCUAGGUAGGCAGUCAGAAUCACACAGCCUAUUCACAUCCUUGCCUUUUGGAAGGUUAAACCUCGAAUCACUACUCUGGGAGUUGACUGUGAACAAGAGAGAUACAGGAGAAUGAAGGGUUUUGGAGCCUACAGAGCAGAGGCAGCUUCACUAGACAGCACUGUCUCUCCACCCUUCCUGGGAGCUAGCCUUCCCAGCUGUAGCUCUGCUGCCACCCCGUGGCCACUGCACCUCACUACCAGGUGCAGUCAUUUCCUUUUUCUAGACUCUUUCAAGGAGGAACUUAGGAGGGUGAGAUGUCCUGAGGCCAUGACUCUAGGGCAGCAGAAGGAUACUGUGGAGUUGGGACUGUCAUUUUGUUCUACUUCCCUGUGGCCAGCACAACCUUUACCUGGCUCUGACCUACUGGGAUAAGGCGACAUGAAUCCUGUCUUGGGAAAAAUUAGUCACGACUCCUCAGGGAGGCACUUUUCUCAUUGGUAUAGUUUCCUGCUAAUCCUUCCUGAGUACAGGCAUCAGGUUGGGGCUCCAGCCUAUGGUGAAGAGGAACUAUGGCAUAAAGAGUCUUUGACUCAGCCUUGGGCCGGCUAUCUACCUCUCUAAACUUCAGGUUUCUAAAAUGGGAAUAUUAAAAGGAACUACUUCUUAGGGCAAGCAUUAUUCAAGAUACCUUUAGUAAUCCAUUCAGCACAGGAUCUGGCAAAGAGCAAGAGUCCUCAAAACAUUAGCUGUGGUUACCUUCACACCCCAGACCCGGGGAACUUACCAUUUCCUGAAAGUCUUUAGACAGAUUUAUCCUUGUGCUGAGCUGGCUUCAGUCUUCCUGUGGCAUCCACUGGGGAUCUUAGUUUGCUCCAGUAGGCCUCAGAAUAUUUCUCGUGUCUAAAGACAUUUCAUUCUUUCACUCUAGUCUUUUUUGCUCAAGGGGAAGUGCUCCCCUCUUUAAAGCAAGGCAUCUCGGAACCAACUUAUAUAUCACAUUUGUAUAUUAGAGGAAGUUUUGAUCUGGAUGUUCUAGACAGAUAUUCCUGUUCACGUAGUCUUAAGUUCAGGUAAACAUUUUUGUAAGCUUUGUCUCUUGGUUGGUUCUAAAUACUGAACCUGGUAUCAUCAUUGCAUCUUGUAGCUCAUUUCUUAAAAGGGGAUAUCAAAUCCAGGGGUGGCUGGCUGUGUAUUCCAUCAUGGUCCUUGUUUGUUCCUAUGUGACAGAGGUCCAGAGGAGCAGGGUGGCAAGGUUGGGGGGGGGGGGCACUGCAAACUUGCAAACUGGCUCUGGGCCAGAUAGAACUUUUUUUUUUUUUUUUUUUUUUUAGCACUUCACUGUUUGACUUACCUAAACUUAGUUCAACAACAAUAAAGAUGAAGCAACUCCUGUUAUUAAGAGGCUGUUGUGACAGAAAAUGAAUGAGUGCAGAGUAUGCUACCAUUCCACCUAGCACGGAGCAGGAACUUAAUAUCCACCAUGCUGCUGCUUCCCCUCCUAAUAUUCUGGAGUGCAGAUUACAAGUGGGUCUGAGCUGAGACUGCAUUCAAAAGGGGCUGGUCUAGCUGCCUUCCUAAUCUACGAUGGAGGAGGCUGAUCUCUGGUUAGAAGUCAGAAUGGGUUAAUCCUAAACUGGUCACAUUCCUAUCUCCAAGACAUUGCAGUUUGGGUUUUGGUUUUUGACUUUCAGCAACUUCCUUUCUCACCAUUCCCUGGGUUCCCACGUGCUUCUGACCACAAUACAGUGAAAGCCUUUGCUGCUGUUGCCACUCCCCUAGAGAGGCUCUGACUUCCUGGUUAUGUCAGUUGUCUACCAAACAACAGCAAUGAACAGCUUCAUACAUCAUUCUUCUCCUGUGGGAAUCUCAGCAGCACCUGCUAUCUCUUUUGUCAACUUCUCCAUCCUGGCACUGUUCUUGCUAGCAAUGAAAAUUAUGAGGAACACACAGAUGCAUGGAAUCACUAGUGAUUUCCCCUCUUCCUCCUCAACCCCUGGUGUCUCAGCAUUAUCUGUCUUCUUGGGAGCUCUUACCUGCUCCUAAGCAAAUCUGCCGUCAUUUCCAGACCAACCACCUCCAUGCUGCCCUCUGCCAUAGAAAGGUUCACUUUGUGUGUGUGCACUCCCCAGCCGUGCUGAGGAGCCGGGAGGGGCCAGGUGGGGAUGAAACAGAAAGAUAAGGUGACUUGCCUUCAGACAUUCCCAUCCUCAAUCCACAUGAACACUAACUUCACAGGUGAAUGUUCCUGUGAUGCCAAGAACCCUUGUCUUUGAGCCAUUCCACAGAUCUGAGCUGUGUGUUUGGUCAUGCUGUGUAAUUUAUAUAAAUCACCUACCUUCUGGAGGCUGCACCUCUCAUAUAAGAAGUAGGGACAAGAAUCCCUGCUCCUUCUGUCCUGAGAAGUGGGAGAGUCCAGAAGCUUACAGAUAUGGAAGCCCAGUGAGUCCCCAGAAUAGUGGUCAGUGGGAUUUGUGGGUCAGAGUAGUGAAGCAUCAGACAAACCAGUGAUUCUCUUGAUAGUUUAAUGUUAUAUUUGCAGCAUAAAUAAGGCACAAUAUAU